GGAAGGGAAGACAAACUUGUAAAAAGAGUGGAAGGAAAAGUGCCACAGUUUAAACUUAGUAUUAUAAAACGAAAAUGGUUUUUCCGUUUUUAAUACGCAACGUCCACUGCUCCACAAAUAAUUUCCCAAUCAUUACAGAAACAGGUAUAAAAGAUAAGCUAUCCAAAGAAACUGGAUGGGACAGAAUAAAACGAAUGUAUAGUACAGAUGAAUUUGGCUUUAGUCCAGAGAUGAAUUAUGUGAUAACAACAGGAAAAUACACUAUUAUUGUUGCUGCAGCUUUUGGAGGAUUUGCAAGCAUGAUGAAAGCUAAAGAAGAUUUUUUUCGAAAAAAUAAGGCAAAAUCUUUUGAAAGUCAGCAUUUAGCAAAAAGAAGUCUCACAAAUGAAAUGACAAUGGCUUUACUUCAGGGAGGAACUAAAUCAGCUCUUAAAUAUGGAUCCUUUUGUAGUUUUUAUUUAUUAAGUACAAUGACAGCUGCAAAUUAUAGAAACAAAAUAUCAGUAUGGGAACAUGCUGUUAGUGGAGCUGUUUUAGGUGGUUUUUCAAGAAUUAACUAUGGAUUGAAAGGUUUUGCUGUUGCUGGAGUUUUAGGUGGCUUUUUGGGAUUAAUUGCUGGGGGUCUAAUCACUAUGGGUACUGGUGGAAUGACUAUGGAUGAAUUUCGAUGUUGGCUACAUGAAGAACAUUAUUUGCGGUUGAAGCAAGAGAGACUUAAAGAAGGAAAAGAAACUUCAUAGCAAUACUUAAUGGCUUAGAGCUGGUGUGAACUACUACAAAUGUCCAUGAAAAUUUUAUCUUUGUAGAAUGUUAUAACUUAUUUCUGUAUGUAAAUAUGUUCAGUAAGUUGUGCUGAAUGAAAAAGUAUCUGUGCUUUCUUCU